GGGCCGCGUCGCGAGGAUGGGAGCGUUGAGGAGAUGUCGUGUGGUGCCCCCGCCCCGCGGCACCGAGGCUGAAAGGCGGGCGUCGGCCGUGGGGCCGUCGUGAAGGAACUUCUGCCACGCUUCAGAACUCUCUUCUCCAUCUGUCCCAAGGCUGAGACAUCUACAAGCAACGUGGAGCGCGGGCCUUGAGGCCUGGAGGCUUGAAGAGCAAGGGGGAAAGCAGGAAGGCAGACAAAAGGCCUCAAAGCCUUCAGACCAAAGGGAGAUCUCAGGGCCAAACAGGGCUGGUAGCACACAGGGAGGCCAGGGGGUGCAGGUGUGUGAAACCAAGAGGAUGGCCUGGAGGCCUGGAGAGAGGCCACAGUCCGGCCAAGAGACCUAGAGGCGUGCAGACCCGGAGGUAGGUCUGGUACAAGGCAUAGUGAUGUAUAGGGAUCAAUAGACCUGGAGUUUAAGAAGCUAUCCAGUCUAAUUUUGAGAGGCAGACACAUCUGCCUGGAUACUUAGAGGCUUGCCAAGAGGCCUCGAAGCCCCACAAAGCAGUGCUAAGCAAGGGGAUCCCAGCCCCUACCCCCAUUGCACUCACCUCUGCUGGGCUGGUCCCCUUGUGAUGGUUGAUACCUGAUGGAUGUGGUUAAGAGUAUCGUGGUGUCACAGUGUCUGAGUGGCAGUGCCCACAGGAUACAGAGUUUCUGAGCUCUUAGCUGAGUGGCACAGUCGGGUGCUCUCAAGGACCCAGAGCCAUUAGUUACAGCAAACUGCAUAAAGCACCUCACAGCCCAAUCUGCUUUCACACUGAGCACUAGUACUCUCAGCAGCAGAUCUCCCCAAAUAACCCUCCUAAUUAGGGGUAGGUGCUUAUCAGGUCAUCCCCAAUACAUCUCGGGCUCAAGAGAAUGUAUUUCCUUGUAGUAAUUGUGGCCCUGCAGAGCUGGGCAAGAUUGGUUUAACCAUUGAGCAGGAAGAGAAGUCACACACCCACCUUGCACUAUUUCCAGUCAUGCUCUUGUUUGCUCAUAAGAUGGUAUUUUCAUGGAUGCUCACGUGGUGUUUUCACACAAAGCCUCACAAGGACUCGGGUUUCUCACCACAUGAUGUCUGUAGGGCGCAGGCAGCACAGAUGUGGGGCCCAGGAAGUAUUGAACGUGUGAUAGAGUUGUUCUGCUCUAGCCCUGGGUGCUGCUUGGGGACACUGUGGUGUUGCCUUGGAUGCUGGGCAGCUGGCUGGAAACGUGACGUUUCCCAGGCUGUGAGAUUGCAGUGGUUUUUUGAUGCCUUCGUGUUCCGUAAUCAACAGCAUCGGUUUUGAAUCAAGUGUCCUGUGCUAGCCGGGCCAGGGCUGGGACACGUGUGAACCCUGGAGUCUUUGUGAAGUGAUGUGGGACUCGUAGGAGCGCUGUGGCUGUCACCGUGUCCUCAGGGACUGUGUCGUGUUGGGCUGCCACUGGAGGAAGCAGCGAGCCCUGCGGCCCUUCAGCAAAAGCAGAUGUAUUUUUUCUGUCUGAGGCUUUCCUAAAACCAGCAUCGCUCCGUGAGAUGGAAUGAAGGCUGCUCAGCUUGCAGCCAGGCAUGCCUUGCGGCUGGGGCACGCAGCAUUGGUGCCAGGCUCUGAGCAGAGCGAGUCCGGCCAGGCAUGGCCGCGUUCCGCGGGGCCGUUCGGCUGCGGCCUCCCCCUCCCCGCGCCUACAAAUCCCAGCAGCACCACGGGCUGCGGGAGGCUGCACUGUAAACAGAGGCUCUGAACUCAGGCCAGACCCCGCCGCUGGCUCCUUCCUUUCCCCUCGGAGAGCUCGGAGGAGGAGGAGGGUCCAGGCGCCCGCCCAGCCGCUCCCGCUGCGCGCCGCUCCGUGCCGCGCUCACACUGCUCUGCUCUCGCAGGGACCCGCAGCCAUUUGGAGGAAGUUGGGGAAGCUCCAAACCGGCACUGGAAGGUGGAAGGAGAGGACAGCCGCCGCCCCGCGUCACCCCGAGAGUCUGCGUCCCCUCCGUGUGCCAUCUGGGCCCUGGGGGAACCAUGUCUGCGGGGGGGGCUCCCCAGCACCCGACUCCUGCACGAGGGAAAGACCAAGGAAGCGCUCAGGGUGCCGGGAUGCUGCCAAGCACUUCUGUGCGUGGUGAAAACCCAGAGAACAGAGAAAACCAAACCGAACCAAACCAGAAAAGCGAUGGCCAGCUGCUGAAACACCUCUCCUCUCUCCUGGAGCAGCCUGCCCACAUCCUGAACCUGCUGCCUUACCCCAGGCUGAACGAGGUGCCCAGGGCUGGACAUGAACUGGGUUCUGCGGGUGCAGAGAUCCCCUCUGACCCCUGCACAGGCUACAGAUUUUUCAAGCCCGGUGGCUUGUUCGGUAUUAAACAGUCGGAGGAGCCGUUCCCUGAAGGCCAGCAGAUGCAGGAGGACAGCAAGAUCCUCGUGAGCCCCUGUGCAGUUGAGCCUGUCCGAACGAACAAGGUGGAGCAGCCUGAUGAGAAGCCCGGGGUUGCUGCAGGCUCUCUGGAGCUGUACCCCACCGGUGCCAGCAGCUCCAGCCGCUGGUUCCAUGGCGGGCAGCGCGCUCCCGAGCGGGCAGGCACGGAGCGGGACGGCGCGGCCGGCCUCAGCCCGCUGCCCUCCAGGGUGGGCUGCUGGGUGCCCCAGCUUGGCAAUGGCCCCUUCCGCUGCGCCCAGUGCGGGAAGGGCUUCCGCCAGAAGCAGAGCCUCAUCACUCACGAGAGGAUCCACACCGGGGAGAAACCCUACAGGUGCGGGGAUUGCGGGAAGAGCUUCAGCCAGCGCCCCAACCUGCUGACCCACCGCCGUGUGCAUACUGGGGAGCGGCCCUUCCCCUGCACGCAGUGCGGCAAGAGCUUCAGCCAGAAGGCCAACCUCCUGGCCCACCAGCGCAUCCACGCCGCCAACGAGAAGGCGCUGGCAGGGGGUGAGCAGGAGGACGGUGGCUCCGGCAAACCGAAGCUGCGGGCUACGCAGCGCAGCUACCAGGACGACACCCCCUUUGUGUGCCCCGAGUGUGGGAAGAGCUUCCGGCAGAAGCCCAACCUCAUCACGCACCGGCGCAUCCACACGGGCGAGCGGCCCUUCACCUGCUUCCUGUGUGGCAGGAGCUUCAACCAGAAGACCAACCUGGUGACGCACUACCGCGUGCACACCGGGGAGCGCCCCUUCGCCUGCACCCAGUGCGGCAAGCGCUUCACGCAGAAAACCAACCUCGUGACGCACCAGAGCACCCACACUGAUGUCCGCCCCUACCCCUGCGGGCAGUGCCAGAAGUGCUUCAAGGACAAGGUGUCCCUCAAAGCCCACCAGAAGACGCACGCCCCACGCCAGAGGAGGUGCCCGGGUCGGGGUCCGGCUCCCACCCUACCCUUCGGGGCUGCACCCACACUGCUGCAGCCAGGCAGCCUGGAGCAGGAGGCUCCUUUCAGCUCCAUGCCGCCGCUGCCCGUUCAGAAGAUCCCCGAAGGCCAGGAGCUGUACUCGUGCACGGAAAAGGGCUUCCCCUCGAAGGAGCAGCUGCUGCCCACGCAGCAGGCCCAUCUAGGGGAGCAGGCCUUCCCCUGCGUGCAGUGUGGGGAGGGGUUUUGCCCCAAGGUGACUCUGCUCCGGCCGCAGCAUGGCCCCACCGCCGAGGCUCCUGCUGGCUGCGCUGCAGGCUUCAGCCCCGGCCCACACCUCCUGGGGCACCUGGGGGUGCAGCCUGUCCUCGGGGACGGCACGGCCCCCACACCACCCACCCCCGGAGCGGAGAAGCCCUUCAUCUGCAAUCAGUGUGGCAACAGCUUUGGCCUGUGGAUCUCCUUGGUUGCUCACCAGAAGACUCACGUGGGGCAGAAGUCCUACCAGUGCCCCGAGCACGACAAGAGCUCUGGAGAUGAGCUGUCCACCAAAUCUCCCCAGGAGAAAGACAUGGAGGGGAGAGCCUGGCUGUGCCCCGAGUGUGGGAGAAGUUUCGUGCAGUAUGAGCGUUUGGUGAAGCACCGCCAGAACCACCGGGGCCGGGGUCCUUAUCGCUGCGACGUCUGCGGGAAGAGGUUCAGCCUGAAGACCAACCUGGUGACUCACCAGCGCAUCCACACCGGCGAGCGGCCCUUCACCUGCGGCGUCUGCGGCCGCCGCUUCAACCAGAAGGGCAACCUGGUGACGCAUUACCGCACGCACACCGGCGAGCGCCCCUUCGCCUGCACCCAGUGCGGCAAGCGCUUCGCUCAGAAGCCCAACCUCAUCGCCCACCAGAAGACCCACUCGGGCAGGCAGCCCUUCACUUGCCUGGAGUGCCCCAAGCGCUUCAAGAGCAAGCUCUCCCUCCGGGUCCACCAGCGCGUGCACGUGGUGGAGCGGCCCCAGAGCGAGCCGGGCCCCGGCCAGACACCGCCCAGCCUGCAGAGCCACCCCGGCAGCCCGUACCCCUGCUCGCUCUGCGGGGAGUCCUUUGAGGAGCACGGCGAGCUGCAGCUGCACCGGCAGGGCCACGCUGGCGAGCGGCCGCACGCCUGCGCCGAGUGCGGCAAGCGCUUCCGGCAGAAGGUGAACCUGGCUGUGCACCAGAGGACCCACACCGGGGAGCGGCCCUUCCACUGUGCCGAGUGCGGGAAGGGCUUCAGCCAGAAGGCUCACCUCCUCCGGCACCGCCGGACGCACACCGGUGGUGUGCCGCCCUCCUGCUGCGAGGGGACCUGCCCGGCACACCGCGACGAGCCGGACGCCAGCGCUGCCCUGGGGAAGGGACCCGCGCCGCCUGGCGCGCUGCUGCCGCCCUGCUCCCGUGGAGCCGUGCAGGGAUCGCUGCCGCGGGAAGAGCUGCGGCCGGGAGCGCAGCCCGGCCCAAACAGAGCAGAGAGCCCAUCCGGGGCCGCAGACAUCCUUCUGCAGCUGAUGCAGGAAGAGCAGCACCUGGUGUCUGGCUCGCAGCACCCACAGGAGGCGCCCGCUGGGCAGUGCCCCUGCAAGUGCUCCGAGGGCGGGGAAGGGUUGGGUGGGAAGCCCAGCCUGCAGCCGCAGUGCUGCUGCGCCGACUGCGUGACCCAGAGGCAGCUGCUGCUGAAGCCCCAGCAUGACUGCCGCGCUGAGAUCUGGUGCAAGUACGGCGGCUGUGGAAGAAGCUUUGAGGACAAGAGAGUCCUGAGAGUGCCUGAGAGAGCGCACAGCGAAGAGAAAACCUCGCCGUGCCCGAGCUGCUUGUAACGCGCCCGCUGCCACGCGCCCACCCAAGCGAGGGACCGCACCUUGUUGCUCUUGCGGCAGGGACACCAAACCUGGCUCGGUGGGAGCUCGUGCCAAGAGCCAACUGCUGACCAACUGCGGACCUGUAAGAGUCUGAGGCAGGGCAGGCUGUGAGUCCCAGCCUGCGGGGCUCGGGAGGACUGUGGUGGUUCUUGUGAACAGGACACUUGCGAGUGAAGCACCCUGGAGGUGGGGGUGUGAGAUGCAGCAGGUUGGUCACGAGGCAGUGGAUGGACUUGGACACAACGCGUGAGCUUUCUGUGUUUUGAACAUACCAAAUUGUAAGGCGGGUGGAGCUGAGGAGCAGCAGGUGCCGGAUCAUGGGUCUGCAGCGCUUCUGCCAGCACCUGCCUGUGAAGAGUUGGAUUGCGCGGGGUGGGGAGGAGCUCGGGAUCCUGCAUGCUGACUUAAGGAUCGCUUCUGCCGUGCAGGAGGCCGGGCAGAGGCAUGUCUGCUGGGGCCUGGCUCCAGGCUGAGCGUUGCAGUCCUGCAACAUGCAGACCUGGCGUGGGGCACAGAGGGGCCUUGGUGGGCUGGGAGCUUCCGCCAGAGCCCUCUGCCCUCAGCAUCCAGACUGAUGUCCCUCCACAAAAAGGCUGAGGGCCGGAGAGCUGUGCCCCGCUAUUGGCUGCCCACCAGUGUGGGCAGAGGAGCAGCUUCGCUGGGGGAUGAGCGAGCUGCAGAGGGCAGCUUCCUGCCUCGAGGACCCUGGAGGAUCACAGCUAAGUAUCUCCUCCGAGCCGGGAGGGGUAAUACAGGGUGAAUAUGGGGGGUGGGGAUGGGGAAUGUAGCUUCCGCUUCUGUACUUGCUCUAUGGAUAACCUUUCUGAGUAGCGCCUCUUUCUGGUACUCACCUAACUUCUGCAUAGAUAACCAGGAGUGCCGGGCAGCGGUGUCUGCACUGCCCACAGCUGCGCCCGUGCUGGUGGGCGAGCAGUGUGGAGCUGUCUGGCUGGGGCAGGGCUGUGGGGCAGAGCUUUAGGGAUGGGAGCUGCUGGCCUGGAAGCUGUUCCCGCUUGGAAACGCGCUUUGCAUAAAAGGGGAAGCAAAUCUCGCCUGCUGUGUCCAGAGGGCCCGGCUUGCCACUGCUCCCCUCGCGCUGUGAGCUGUGCAGCCCCAGCCCUAGCAGCACGCCCCUAUCGCUUCGCUCAGCUGCAGAGCCUCCUUGCUACCGUGGUUUGGCAAAGACCUUCGCUGAGGACAUGCGGGUGCUGCCAGCGGUGCCCGGCGCGAUCCUGGGUGCGCUCUGCCUGCCGCCUCCUCCCCUGUGUUGCGGGGGCACAGUGUGAGGGAGGCUGCUUGCUGUGCAGUGAGCAAUCGCCUCGCCGGCUGCCCAGCACAGAGGUGGGGUCUCCGUUCCUGGAGAUGUCCAACACCCAGAGGGACGCAGCCUGGCGCAGCGGCGCGGUGGCCCUGAUGGGCAGGGAUGGAGCAGGCCAUAACCAGAGCUGCUCAGCCCCAGGACUUGGAGCGGCCAGGAGGGCACACCGGGACGGCCCCGCUGGACCUGCGUGCUGGGUAAGGAUGUUUUCUGUUAGCAGAGUGCCCGGCUGGUGGCACGGCCACGCGAGGGAUGGUGGCAUCCUGCCGUGGGGUCCCUGGCUCCAUCCCCAGGCAGGGAGUGGGCAUUGCUCCCUGCAGCGCUCAGCCCCGCUCACCCAGCAUCACGCUCCAGCGACGUUUCAGGUCCUUGCAACUCUAUUUUUUUGAGGUUAUUUAAAAUAAAAGCUUACUCACAGCA